AUGGCUCAAGCCCAGUCGCACACAACCCGCGCGCACGCUUGCAAGCAUCCAAAACCCGCAGCCGGCGAGCGAGCCAUAAUAUACCAAACCCAAACCAAGCACACGGCAUAACCAGCAACCAGCAUCGCAUCACCAUCGCGUCGCGUCGCCCGCCUCCCAGGAGUCGCGCGCUCCUUGUCCUCCUCCCUCGUGUCUACGACCACCUCCUCCUCCUCCCUCUCUUGCAACAGCUAGAAAGCCUAGAACUAUCCCUCUACAGGCCUCGCCGGAGAUGGCGACCACGCCGUUGCUGUCGGGAAAACAGGUGGAGGAGGACACGAUGCCGCCGUUGCAUGGCGUUGUCGUGAUCGCCCUCCCGGACCACGCCGCCGACGGGGGCCGGGACUCGCCGUCCAGGAGCGAGCCGGCGGCCUUGAGACGGGCAUGGAGGCUGCUGCGGCUGGCCACGGCGCCGCUCGUGGUGCUGGCGGCGUUCGCGGUGGCGGCGCACUGCUACGGCCUCUACUCCUUCUCCUUCUCCGGGGGGGAUGACUGGAAAUGGGGCGAGGGGCGCGCCUCGUCCUUCCUGCUGCCGCUGCACCCCAAGCCCAAGCCCGCCGGCGUCAAGGCGGAGGACUCGACCACGGCCGUGCUGCCGGAGAGGCACUACUUCACUUCCAUAAACAUUGGCAAUCCUGCAAGGCCCUAUUUUCUUGAUAUUGAUACCGGGAGCGCCUUGACAUGGAUCCAGUGUGAUGCACCCUGCACAAAUUGCACAAAGGGACCUCAUCCUUUAUAUAAGCCCGCAAAAGAAAACAUAGUUCCACCUAAGGAUUCACAUUGUCAGGAAUUGCAAGGCAACCAAGAUUACUGCGACACUUGCAAACAAUGCGACUACGAGAUCGCGUAUGCGGACCGAAGCUCCUCUGCCGGUGUGCUUGCGAGGGACAACAUGCGGCUGAUCACCGCAGACGGUGAGAGGCAAAACAUGGACUUUGUCUUCGGGUGUGCACAUGAUCAGCAAGGAAAGCUUCUGGACUCACCAGCAAGUACUGAUGGGAUCCUUGGCCUCAGCAAUGGGGCAAUGAGCCUCCCUACCCAGCUAGCCAAGCAAGGGAUCAUUUCCAACGUUUUCGGCCAUUGCAUCGCCACGGAUCCCAGCAGUAGUGGCUACAUGUUUCUCGGUGAUGAUUACGUUCCCAGAUGGGGAAUGACAUGGGUUCCCGUCCGCAAUGGUCCAGAGGACGUGUACAGCACGGUAGUACAGAAGGUGAACUAUGGAGGUCAGGAGCUUAAUGUGCGAGAGCAGGCUGGGAAGCUGACUCAAGUGAUCUUCGACAGCGGGAGCUCAUACACUUAUUUUCCACAUGAAAUAUACACAAGCCUGAUUGCUUCGCUUGAAGCGGCCUCUCCAGGCUUUGCACGCGAUGAAUCAGAUCAAACGCUGCCUUUCUGCAUGAAGCCUAAUUUUCCAGUGAGGUCUGUGGAUGAUGUGAAGCAACUGUUCAAGCCAUUGCUUCUGCAUUUCAGCAAAACAUGGUUUGUGAUCCCAAGAACGUUCGCAAUUGCUCCCGAGAACUACUUGAUCAUCAGCGACAAGGGCAAUGUCUGCCUAGGGGUGCUUGAUGGAACUGAGAUUGGCCACAGCUCAACAAUAGUAAUUGGAGAUGUUUCCCUCCGUGGGAAGUUGGUUGCGUACGACAACGACGAGAAUCAGAUCGGAUGGGCUCAGUCAGGCUGCACCAGGCCACAGAAAGCAAGCAGGGUUCCGUUCUUCCUUUCGAGAGCAUUGCGCAGUCAACUUCUUUAAAUGGCACAGACAGAUGAUCACCCCGUGUUCGCCUGACCAUGCGCUCACCUUUUCGACGCGCAAUUCUGCGACCGAAGCUGCCAUAAUCAUAUAAUGGAUGUAGUUAAACAAGGGAUAUAGGAAAACCAAAUUGGAAGAAAGGUGAAUAGAUAUAGCCAGUACCUGUAAUUUUUCUCUGCUGUAUAUAUACCAAAGAAGCAGAACUCUGCAUAUCUAUGGAUAUGCUGUAGAGUAUAUCUCAUCCACUUGUAAGACUAAGUGGUGAAGCAUAUCAAUUUCAAAUGAGUAGCAGUUCUGUGAUUUCUGAUUGA